AUGGCACCGCCCACGGGUGGCUCGGCCGCGGCGGCGGGGACGGCGGCGGCCUCGGAGGCGAGCCGGGAACCGGACCCCGUCCCGGCCGCCGUGCUGUUGUCCGUGCACGCCGCCGUGCGGCCGCUGGACGCGGGUCCGGAGGCCGAGGCGCCGCUGCGGAGGCUGCAGCUGGUCGCGGAGCCCGCGCGGCCCGGGUGCUUGCGGCUGCGGCUGCUGCGGGGCGCGGGGCCCGGGGCGGUCCCCCUGGAAUGGCCCCUGGAGUCGGUCUCGUACGUGGUCCGGAGCCCCCACCUGCACGAGCUGCGGCCGCCGCCCGGAGGCCCCGGGGCCCUCCGCCUGCACUUCCCCGACCUUCUGGAGGCCCAGCAGUGGGCCGCCCUCGUCCGCGGAGCCGCUGCGGAGGGACAGAGCGAUGGUAAGAGCUCACGCCCUGGCCCUGGCCUAGCAGCAUGUCCUGUUUCCCCACCUGCUCCUCUUAGAGCCACCCCACCCAAAGUGGAUGCGUCUUACAGCUCUACAGACUUAGUGGAGAAAGAGGAACUGGCUGGGCGCCUGGCUCAUGCCAUUGCAGUGGGGGACACACAGGGUGCUGGGGAAGCAGCAGCCAUCUUGGCCCGCCAGCAUGCAGCUCUCAAGGUCUGGCUCCAAGAGGCCAGUUUCACGGCUGGACCCAUCAGGCUGCAGGUCACUGUAGAGGACGUGGCGUCCUCUGCCCGUGUUGUGCUUCAGGUUCACCCCCACCACACUGUAGCAGCCCUCCAGGAGCAGGUCUUCUCUGAGCUGGGCUUCCCUCCAGCUGUGCAGCGCUGGGUCAUCGGAAAGCGUCUUUGUGUGCCUGAGCUCAGCCUGGCAUCCUAUGGUGUCUGGCAGGAUGGGGACCCUGCUUUCCUUUACCUGCUCUCAGCCCCACAGGAAGCUGCAGGACCCAGUCCGCCACAUCCUCAGAAGUGCAGGGAGCUAGGGAAUUGGCUCCCUCAGUUGCUGCGGCUGCCCCAGGCUCCUCAGCUGGUCAACAGCAGCCUUCCCAGCCCCCUUCAGCCAGGCUGGUCCUGCCCAUCCUGCACCUUCAUCAACCUCGUGAGUAGGCCGAGCUGUGAGAUGUGCGGUACCCAGAGGCCCUGUGCCUGGGACAGCCAUCUAUCCCCCAAGGUCGCACGGAGAGAGGGUGGCCUCUCCCUCCAAGGCCCACAGCCCCUGGACUCCCACUUGAACCCCUAACUAGCAGGAAGGAUUGGCAGCCUUUGUUUAAGACACUGAUGGGCUUGAGUGAUAAGACAGUGGGGAAAGCACUUGCCUUGCACCAGACCUACACAGGUUCAACGCCCAUAUCCUAGCGUCCCCCCAAGCACCACUAGGAGUGACUCCUGAGUGAAGUGCCAGAAGUAACCCCUGAGCAUCAUCAGUCAUGACCACUAAAACUAAAAAUUCUUGUAAAAAAGAUGCUCAGAGGAGGUAAAAAGAUAGCACAGCAGGUAGGGCACUUACCCUCAUAUAUCCAGCUGACCAGGGUUGGGUCUCUGGCAUCCCAACUAAAAACCCAAAUAAAUAAAAGAUGCUGUGAACCA